AGUCACAUGAUAGCUAAGUAUUUCAAAGCCUUUAGUUUGAUUUGACUCCAGCUACGUCUUAUCAAUUUUGGUUCAUAUGAGUCUUUCUCGACUUUGAUUAAGUACCCAACUAGUACAAGGAUGGAAAGAUUGGUCCUCCCAAAUACUCAAUCCAUUGGGUGGACACCGUACAUGUUUACUUCUUGGUUAACCCUAUAUGAUAUAUUAGUUUGAUUUGACCCCAGCUGCGUCCUAUCAAUUCGGUCCAUAUGAGUCUUUCUCGACUUUGAUUGAGCAUCUGACUAGUACGAGGAUGGUAAGAUUGGUCCGCCAAAUACUCGGUCCAUUGGGGUGUACACUGUACAUGUUUAGUUCUUGAUUAACCCUAUAUAUUUGUAGUCCUAAUCUCAACCCACCAAAUCCACUUCCCUAAUUGCUUCUCAAAAACAGUUUAAAGAGAACAUGAGUAGAGGUGGAAGCUUUGGUGGUGGGCAAAGUUCUUUGGGGUAUCUCUUUGGGUCUGAUGAGCAGAAAACCCCACCUCCACCCUCACCUUCAGCAGUCUGCAUACCUCCGUAUGGGAUCGAAACCCCACCGGAAAAGCAGCCGGAAAAGCCUUCUCCUCCCGGAAAGCAAAGCACCGACGACGUGUCCGACUCCAACAACUAUCCCAGAGCACAAGGGCAGAAUUCUGGAAACUUCAUAACUGGUCGUCCAUCGACAAAAGUGAAGUCUGUUCCUGGUGGAGAUUCUUCUCUUGGGUACUUGUUUGGAGAUCAAAAGUGAUGUUUGUUUUCUCAAAUUACCUAUCCCCAAAAUAGGGUUUAACUAAGAAUAAGGGACUCAUGUUUUCCCCUCUGGUAUUGGAUUUCUUUGGGUUUGUGGUUUUGUGGUAAUGGGUGUUUGAUUCACUAGCAACUAGCCAGCAAGGUCUGUUGUGGUAUUUUAAUGGUGUUUAGCUGAUUCUCAUAUGGGUGUGAUCAGACUUGAGGAUUUAUGUGUAUAUUUCUGGGAUUGGGAGAUGCUGCCGAGCGAAGGUGCUUGGUAGCGGUGCCGACUGGCCGAUCCGGCCGUUUAUCUUGACAAUCGACGGUUCGAAUCUUAAUCCGAGCACUUCAUUUUUCUGUAUUGCUUGAGUUCGAUCGGUAAGUUCUCUUGUUACCGGUUCUUCGUUAUCUUCCCCGGAUUAUAAACGAAUGAUCCUUUUUAUUACUACAUAAAAUAAGAAAUGGAGGUUUCUGUAA